CGCACGUUAGCGCGAAAUAUACUCAGCUCGUUCGCGCCCUCCCUCCAGUUCUCCACGCAUCGCGCAAUAAUACUAUCAAGCAUCGAGCAAAGCGCCAAGCUAUUCCCAGCUCCUAGCCCUCUCCCUCUCACGGACGCCAAGCUUCCCAUCUAAUUAUCCGAAGGAGAAGGUUAGGGUUUCCUUCCCCAUUCCGGUAGCAAGAAGCGGGCUUUCGGGCGCCGUUACCCCCUCGCCAGCCGCCGCAUAUCCCUCCAUUCCUCCUCCGCGGUCAUCCCAGGAAGCAUUUUUCAGUUGCUCUACAACUGGUUAUCAAAACAAGCCCGUUAGACUGUUAUCAAAAGUCACAAUGCCAGCUGCUGCUCGCACAAAUCUUGAUCCAGGUCCUCCUCGAAGGUCUCCAAGGCUCAAGAAUAUUCACAUACUAGAUGAUGAAGAUUCUGACAGGGAUUCGUCUACCUUCAAGCGUGUCAAAAAUGAGCUCAUUGACCUUAAAGAAAUUGUCUCUCCUUCAACCUCAGAACUAAAUGUUGCUUUUGUCAGUGAUAAGGGUUUUGAACAAGGUUUCCAUAAUGUAUCGCUCAAGGAUCUCAGAGCUUGGUGUAAAGCUAAGAAUCGGAAGGCUUCACAAAUUACAUCUGAAGGAUCUGGCAUUAAUAAUCAGACUGAAAAAACAAAAGAGGAAUUUGAUCUCGAUAAGCCUCUUAUUUCCUUGAAACAGAAGAGGCAAAAAACAUCCCCUGCUAAAGCAAAUAGAAAGAUGGAUGCACUAACAUCUGCUCCACGUCCUACGAAAGUGGAAGAUACAACAUCAAAGAGAGACAAGACUAGUCCUACACAAAGCUCCCCACACGAAGCGACCGUGCACGACCCAGCAACAGAGAAGCUUGAAAGGAGAGCUACAGAUCUGGAGCACUCUAAAGUUACUAUUGAUCGUGCUGAAGAAAUGGUUGGGGAGCAAAUUUGUUGUGCUGAAGAGGAGAACACAGCUGAAGCUCUAGUGAGUUGUGGAAACCCUGACAUACUUUGUGAAAUAAAAACAGAGGAUAUAGAUUACUCUGAGGAAUUUGUAACAUCUAGGUGUUCCGAAAAGAACUUCUCUGAGUGUUCAUCUUUUGAGCUGCAACAGGAGCCAAUAGAGGGCUAUGAGUGUACACCACAACCUUGUUGCAUGAACCAACCAACCGAAUUACCUGAUAUUUCUGAUAAUUCCUUUGAACUAACCAGCAGUGUCAAUGAAUACAGAUUUGAUGACAUUGUAGCUCAAAAGGCAAGUAACGUUGUUUCUUCAUUGCGUUUCAUCGAUGAAGUGAGCAGUCAUGCAAAAAAUUCGGAAAAUACACCCAAUUCAGAUAUGGAUAAAUCUUCAAUUGGAAAUGGACUUUUGGUAUGUUCUGUUAAUCAGUCUUGUUAUGAUUGUAUAGAUAAUGAUGAGUACUGGAAUACCGGAAUUGUUCGAGAGAAUGAACCUGAAAGUGUAAAGAUUUUGGACGAGUUGUCUCCUAUUGACGAGUCUAACUCUAAUAUGGUGUCUCCACUGGUGGCCAUUCAAUCUGAUUUAUAUGGAAGAACAGAAAUGAAUUGCACUUCACUUGAUGAGGUUGUGCAGAUGCGGGUUGAGGGUCAAUUAGAUUCAAUAGUCUGCUGUGGUGUAAGAUCAAAGCAGAUGUUACUGGAUAUGGAAAUUGAACAUUCAGCCACUUACUGUACAUUUGCUUUUGACAAGACUCUUGACUUGGCUCAGCCUGCCAAUUUUGUUGCACAAGAUGGACGGCUAGAAAGUAUAGUAUAUGAUGCUCUAAAUAAUCAUGCACAGAGAAUGAUGUCUGAAAAUAAAUCAUCUGUUGGCCUCCUAGGUACUGCUGUGAUUCAGAGCCCAAUGAUAGACUUCCCUGACAACAGUCCUGAUGACAAUAAGGCUUCAGAUGACGGUAAAAUGUCACUUCCCAAUAAUGUGGAGUGGUCAUUGAAGGAUAUGAAUAAGUCAAAUUCUACAAUAGACUAUGACAUUUGUAAAUCUGUUAAUAAUGAACGAUCAGGAGAACUAGUGCUUCAACCUCAGUUAUUCCCAGUUUGUGCUGAUAAGGAAAACACUAGCGGUUUCACAUUAGAGAUCUCUAAUGCCGGAGAAACACAAGAAAUGUCUACUGGAGCUCCAAAUUCAUGUGCUACCUCUCUGGAAACUGAUGGGCAAAUUAGGAAGUCAGAACUUUUUAUUGACGAAUCAAUUGAAGAGCAUGCUCCAAGAAAACUAUUGUCCAAGAGAAAGAUUAUGUCACCGACUUCUCAGGAGAUGCUUUGCAGUGCUUUGACUGGUAUUGAUUUGUGUGAUGGACUCCAAAGACUAAAGAGAAAAAUCAUCCCUGAAGAUUGUGAUAAAAACAGAAUACCAUUACCUCAGCCAGAAGACAAGCAAGACCGAUCAAUGUUUAGCACAGAUAAGAGAGUUAAGGGCAGGACUUCUGUCUCGGCUACAAACAAAGGAGUUCUCAAGUCAACAGAAUCCCAAUCCCAUCAACAGGCAACUUGUUCUUGCGUGAGAAGUUCAUCGGUUGUCUUGGACACUGAGAAAGCUGUUGAGUUUUCACAACGACAAAUGCAUGAUAUAGAAAACAUUGCUGCAAAGCUUAUCAGGAGCUUGAAGCAUAUGAAAAGUAUAGUGGAUGAAAGUUUGUCAUCAGAAGCAUAUUCUUUACUUCCUAAUUUUAACAUUGCUGAGGUCAGAGCAGCAUCUGAGGAUGCAUUAGAAGUGGAGAAGACUACAAGGAAAUGGUUGGCAAUAAUGAACAAAGACUGCAAUCGCUUCUGUAAAAUAUUGACCCUAGCAAGGAAGAACGCAGUCUCUCAUCCUGAAGCGCCAAGGAAACAAAGAAAGAUAACAUUUGCAGAUGAAGCUGGAGGAAAGCUCUGCCAUGUUAAGGUUUUUAAGGAUGGACACACUUCUCUUCUUUCUGAAUGCCAGAGUGAUUUAUAACAUCCUUCAAACUCGUUGGCAUCAAGCAAUUUGAUCGGAAAAGGCAGGCUUGCUGAUGAAUAAAAGAAUCAAACAAGCAGAAGUUGAACGAAAAUUAUCUGAGAAUGCUUCCUUUCAUUGUAGAAUGCAAAUGCAGAGAGAAGCUAGUGUAUGUUAAACAUACAGUCUCUAAUUUACCGGACUGUGAUUGGUGCCAUUGUCGUGGUAACCCAAGUAUUUCCCUUUCCUCUGUAUGUUUACAUCAAGACUCCAUGUAAAGCUGCUUCCAAAAUUGUUUGUUGAGAAGGCCACAAGUAAUUUGUAAACAAGAAUUGGUCCAUGUAAUAAAUUAUUGGAAUUCUUUUGUUCCAAGGCAGGUAAUUGAUUCUAUAA